AUGAAUUAAUAGAAAAAAUAAACCAAAUAAUAUUUAGAGCCAAGUGAGUGCUGCCCAUCACGUUUUUAAUACACAAAGGGACAUUUAGUUGACGCGAGUCGAUACGUUAUAGAGGCUAAUCGAUCCAGAACCAAGUUUAGCGUGAGAAAUUUUUAUUGAUGGAGUCUUUUUUUGGUGUAGAAGUCAUGGUGGGGAAACCGUUAAAGCCAAAAAUUCCGGACGACCGUAUGCUGCACGUGUCCCAGAUGGCCCUUCCCGCCGGUGCCCGUGACUCCGUAACCUUCCGCAUCGUGCUAGACGGCAAAUCCUUCACCAUAGCCACCCUUGACCCGAAGCGAGGCGUUUACUUCACACGCUUAGACUUUGUGUUUAAUCCAACGCAAAAGAUUUUAUUUUCGGCCGACGGGCCACUAGACAAAGGUAGCGUGCAUAUCACAGGUUUUACUCAAACCAGCGAUGAUAUUGAGGAAGACGAAGAGGGUUUGGUAGAUGAGUUUAACGACGUUCUGCUGACUCAAAGUCCUAACCGUGCUGAAAAGAAGACAACAGGGAAGGAAAAACAAUUGAAAGCCGUUAAUAGGGGUGAUGUGAAGUUGAAUACGAAACGUAAAAGCUAGUAGACUUGCGUGUUAAAAAAAUUGAUGCCUAUACGUAUUACACAAAAUGAAUGUCAUCACAUUUAAAGAGUCACAAAUAAUAAUGAAUGUACCCACUUUUUCAUCUUGAA